GAAUAGUGACCAGCUGAUUUUGGCUCAGGGUUCAUUUAGAAAUGACUGCCUCGCUAUAGCUGGUGGUUGUUGAGAACCAUGGCUGCCCUGGACGUUGCUGGCAAGAACGUGCUGAUCACCGGCGCCAGCGCGGGCAUCGGCCGAGACCUGGCCUUGCUCCUGGCACGGCAGGGUGCCAAUGUGGCGCUGCUGGCGCGGCGCCUUGAACUUCUGGAGGACCUGGCGGCUGAAUGCAGCGCAUUGAACUCCAAGGUGGCCCUGGCCGUGCGCUGCGACGUGACGGAGCGACCCAGCUGCCAGGCGGCGGUCCAAAAGGUCGUUGAAGAAUUGAAGCAGAUAGAUAUCAUCGUGCUCAACGCGGGCAUGAGUAUGGGCUGCUAUUUUGAAGACAUCAAGGACCUCUCGGACGGCGACAAGAUGUUGUCCUUGAACGUCAUGGGCGUGGCCAACGUCUUGCACUAUGCCUUUCCAUUCAUCCCCAAGGAAAGCGCCUCACGCAUCGUUGUGAUUUCCUCCGUGGCGGGGGUGGUGGGGGUGCCGUUCCGGACGCUGUAUUGCGCCUCCAAGUGGGCGGUGCACGGCUUCUGCGCUUCGCUGCGCACCGAGCUGCUGGAGGCCUAUGGCGACAAGGCGCCCAAGGUGGUGGUCUCUUGCCCACCAGAGGUGGCUACGGGCCUGAAUACCAACCGUUUAAAGUUUGGCAACGACGUCACCGCACAGUUCAACGAGGAGACGGCUGUCCCUUCCACCGUCGCCGCAGAGAAGAUUUUGGAAUCCAUCAGAGAAGGCGUGAGGAUUGGCCUCUUUUCGAGGGUGCACCAGUGGCUCCACUCCCUGUACAAUUGUUUCCCAAGCUACAUCGACAAGAUUGUCAUAGAUGGAGUCAAAAAAUCCCACCGGGCGCCCCGCUAUGGGAAUAUGCCAUCCAAGAUGUGACCCGUUGCACCGUCGCGGGAACCUCGAUCUGAACGCUGACUCCAUUGACCAAGCACAAAUGGUAGAGGCAAAGACCUCACAGGCAGAAAAAAAACAGUGAAAAAUAUUGAAAAGUGAAAAGGUCCAA